UAAAGUACAUUGUCGAGAUCAUCCAUAGAAGAGCCAUACAUUUUACAUAAAAAAAUGUAUAAUUUUGUGAAAUACAUGUAGCAACUCUGCUUUGGUUUUUCUUGCAAUGUGUUGAUCUCCAGGUAAUUGACAGAAUUUGCAAGUUCUCAGUCCAUAUAUGUCAGUAAUGUGUGAAUUGGUUAAGGUUGAAUUCUCUGGGGGUUUUUUUACGGUUGGCUGGUUCGUUCUCUUGUCAUAGCCGGGGCUGAUACCCAGUAAUAUUGAGGGUGCUACACUACCAUUAAAUGGCCAGGCCCAUAUAGCAGCAUGCUUGAGUUGACGUCUUGUCUUGGAUUGUAAACAGCUUUUACAAGAUAAAUACGUUGUCUAUGGAAUUACCACUUUACAUGGGACUUUAUGUGUGGACAUGACAGUUUGAAAGUGAUAUCACACAGUAGGUGCAGGCUUAAUCUCUGCCCACAAGACAUGUAAAGUAAACAGUACUGUGGCCAUUGAAAUCUCACCCCAGAUUUAAGAUAAUAGUGAUAGAUUCCCGUUUUUUUUUUUGGUUUCAAAGAGGAUAUAUUCCCUGUGUUUACGGAUGUGUUACGGAUGUAUUUUUAUCCAGUGUCCAGUUAUUCUCUUCAGUGUGUGUCAGUCUUAUACAUAUAUAUGGAAUUUAAUUAACAAGGAUUUACUAGCUGAUUUCUGAUCCUGUGGAUUUAACAAUGAUUCAGCUUAAAGUUGAUAUAAAAUGGACUCUGGAUUCUCCAAAGCCCCGCAGUCAGAUCAAGGAAGGCAGAGAGUAAUAUCUCCUAACAUAAUCUGAUCCCAAGUUUUCAACAGAGUUGAGAAAGGAAACAAAAUUCAAAGAGCCCCAGUAUCAAAAGGCCAUCCUUUCUGGGGACAACUGUCAUCAGCUUUGAUAUACUAGGGUAGAUAAUGGCAGGAUUUGUCAAGAAAUGCCCGUGUCUGAGGCCCAAGAUUCAGGAGGAAAUCUACGAGCUUGACUACCGCCACUGUAACCUGACGGACGUACCUGCCCAGGUGUUUAACUUUGAGAGGACCCUAGAGGAGCUGUACCUGGACAACAACCAGAUCCAGGACCUACCCAGGGAGUUAUUCUGUUGCCAUGGUAUCCGGAAGCUGUGCCUCAGCAACAAUGAAGUGACCAACAUUCCUCCAGCCAUUGGAAGUCUGAUCAACUUGGAGGAACUGGAUGUCAGUAAAAAUGGUAUCAUAGAUAUACCGGAAAACAUCAACUGUUGUAAAUGUCUGCGGUCGGUCAAUGCCAAUGUCAACCCUCUUGGAAAGUUACCAGAAGGACUGACACAGCUAGGGAACCUCACACAGCUCUACCUCAAUGACACCUUCCUAGACUAUCUACCCGGCACAUUCGGCAGAUUAUUGAAACUGAAGGUAUUAGAGAUCCGAGAAAAUCAUCUGAAAACUCUACCCAAGUCUUUUUCCAUGCUGACUGCACUUGAGAGGUUGGACAUCGGACACAAUGAGUUUACAGAACUGCCGGAUGUGAUUGGGAACUUGACCAGUCUGCUGGAGCUGUGGUGUGAUCACAAUCAGAUCUCAACCAUCACCCCAACUAUUGGUAACCUCAAACGCCUGAUGUUUCUGGAUGCCUCAUCCAAUCAUUUACAGUCACUUCCAUCAGAGAUAGAAGGGUGCACCUCAUUGGGUGAUCUACAUCUAACAACCAAUAGGAUCCAGGCUCUUCCGGAAACUUUGGGUAACCUAGAAAGCUUGACCACCCUGAAGGCGGACAACAACCAGUUAACAUCACUACCGUCUACCAUAGGGGGUCUGCAGUCGUUAUCGGAACUCAAUGUGAGCUGUAACAACCUGGAGGAUCUUCCAGUGACCCUCGGACUUCUCAGGAAUCUACGCACAUUCUACGCCGACGAAAACUAUCUCCUGUUUAUCCCAGCAGAGCUCGGGAGUUGUAAUGGAAUCACAGUCCUUUCUCUCCGCAGUAACCGCCUGGAGUACAUACCUGAUGAAAUAGGUCGUAUCCCACGGUUACGAGUCCUGAACUUGAGUGACAAUCGUUUAAGGUACCUACCAUUUACCAUCACCAAACUCAAGGACCUCCAAGCCCUGUGGCUAGCAGAGAACCAGACUUGUCCGUUGAUUCCUCUGCAGUCAGACCAUGACCCAGAUAAUGGAAGAAAGUUCCUGACUUGCUACUUGCUUCCCCAAUUAGGGGAUGAUGAGGGGCCCAAUGAUUCAGGACAGGGAGGUGACACGGACAGUUUCCAUGCCUCAAUGUGGGAUGAGGAGAGAAGCAGACGACAGACCAUCCACUUUGCCUUCCCUGAGGAAGAUGAAGAAUCGGGAACAUUGGUUAGGUGUCCGACCCCCUACCCCAAAGACAUGCGUGAAAAAAUCAGACAUGCUCGUAGCUUGGCAAUGAGGCAGAAGCAGGGCGGGGUACCAGCAGAUGUUCGAUGGAGCGGAGGGCGAGAUAACCGAGGAUACGAGGAGGAGGUAAGGUCAAAGACCGCUGCAUUGGUUUAUGGUGACCACCACGAUGGUGACCCGAGUAGACAUCCUAACCCGGCCUCUCAGAUCGAUGCCCACCGUCUUUAUCAGUGUGAUAAGGAGAAACUAGCCAAAGACAAGGCCAGGCUACAGCAUCAUCACUCAGACCAGGAACCAGACAGAGAAGUCAGCAGGUCAAGGUCACCUAUUGGAGAGAUGACCUCAAUGAUAACGUCAGGAGACAAACCUCAGCCUGCACCCAGAAAAGGAAAAGAGAAGCACAGGAAGUUGGUUGAUGAUGAUGGUGGAUUCUCGGGGAGAGGACCUUCUACGUGUUUAGGAUCAAACCCUGAUGUGUCUGUCCAGAAGGACCAGCCUGCACCCAACACGCCAGUCUCUAAGCGAACCCCUGCCUUCACUUACUGCUCCCCGUCAGAACUCUCCAGCAGACUGUCACAGUUCUCUGAUCCGCGAAGUCCCAAUGCUCACUCAUCCUAUAGUGCUAGUCCUGUGGUGAAAUCUCAGCGCUCCAGAGAUUAUGACUCUGAUACGGGAUAUCGGAGUGAAACUGAGUUUAUUCGACAGCGGAGACAGCACCUGCUCAACGAACAAGGUUUUGUGAGGGGGGGUUAUGAGAGUGACAGGGACGGGUUUACCCCCAGGAAAGAGCGCCAAAGAGAGGUGGGGUACUCCAGUGAUGUGGAGGGGUAUUCGGGCAGGGUCAAAGUGGCUUCCUAUCGCUCAGGUCCCACACCCAUACAUCAGCAACAUACAGGAAGUGUUCAGUGUCAUACAAAUCAAACUGUUUUAUCACAAACUUACAGUACUCCCAAUCAGAUCAGGACAUCUUUCCAGAAGGUGCGAGAAGUUAGCACAGCUUCACCUAAAGACAAAAUGUCUGAUCCUAGUGCUCGGCCUCUAGAAACCUCAGGGUUCAGUGACAGUGGUUAUAAUCCUCCCUCCCCCAUGUUUCACCACAGUAAUAUUGUGGACCAAAGCACUCCAAUCACCAGCGAGCCCCCUAAUGGGUUCGGAUUCCGUGGGCGGUCACGGUCAGGCAGUGACAGUGGCAGUGCCAGCCAAGAGGAUCAUGGGAAGACCGCAGAUUGGAGAAAGGAUUUUUAUGCAGUGAUGGAACAAAAAAUGAACAGUUCACAAUCCCAGCUUAAUCACCAGGUAAAUGAUGCUCUGUCAACUAAUCAACCACCUCCUUAUAAGGCUUCCCCCACCUAUAACUCAGUUGCACACCGGAAACUCCCUCCUACUCCUAACAGGGGCUCUCCCUACGGUGUCAUAAACUAUGACAGGAGAAGCAUGAACUCCCCUUCAAUGAACCAGCGUUUAUCUGAACUUGCAAUCAGUGAACAAAGUGCUCGUGAUUACCGUUCUGAAUCUCCAUACCAAAGACUUCCAUUGUCACGACAGAGUCCUAGCCAACAGUUGUAUAGACAGAGUGAAGUUAUGUUUACACAGGAAGUGACACGUGUCCCCAAUACCUCUGUGUACAAACACAGUGCGACCUUAUACACACAGGAAGUGACUCGUCUCCCCACCCCCAGUGGUGACGGCUCUGGUGGCACUCACGCCCCUCACCCCCUAGUCUCCAGUAGUGCUAACACAGUGUAUCCACAGGACCAUGAUUCCUCUCAGUCCUCAGGGUUCAGCAGUGACACUUCAAAAUCACGGCCUUACAACCCUCUACCUCCUAAACUCGCUCAGUUGUCAGGUGAACAGCCUCAAGGUGAAAGGUCAAGGACACCAGUGUUAGUGAACUGUGAGGAGGAGAGAGGGGACUCCCCCAGGGAGUCAGGCUACAGUAGCCGUGAACACAGUAGCCAUAGGAAUUCCCCGUGUGAUCCCAUUUCCCACCAGGAACAGUUUCCAGACCAGGCGGAAGAGUUCAAGAAUCCGGGCUCUUCGUGUGAGGACAUAGCUGUGUAUAAACAUAAUCUACAAAUGUCUCAGGCCAGGGUUCCCAGACUCCUGGAGAACAGUCCAAGAAUGUACAGAGAUGUGUCCAACAAAUACUCAGGUUUUGCGAUGCCCCCUCCUUCUAGGCCCCCUCCUUCUCCAUACUCCAGUCAACGCCCACAGUCAUCGGAACAUCAUUCCCAUAAUGCAUCUCAUCCGUACCACAAUUCCACUCAACAUGGCCAAAGUAACCAUGCUGUAGGGAGGGAGGACCACCCCUCCCCCUCACAGAGAGGCCCCCCACAGUUCCAGGGGAGAGGUCUGAUUCCGUCAGUCAAUCAUUCCCGUAGCAACCAUUAUCACUCGGGUGACAAUGGUGUAUUUAUGACCCCAGAAAAAGUCCAGCCUACCUACACUGUAGCACAGGGGGAACCAGUUCCACAGUUGGAUAACAAUUUUGAAAAUCGGUAUUUUCUGCCUCUACGUAAGAGUAGCACUGAAGUCAUGGAAACCAUAUUGUAAAUAAGUCGGCCCCCGCCACACUUCCUGUCCUUCCUCCACCCUCCAUUCUGGAGACAAUAUGACAGUGUGUGAAGCAGACCCGGGCCGCUGGAUCCCGCCCUCUGACUAUCUGAUGUUAUAAAACUCUGGAACUACAAGGAACAAGGGAAUCAGAACAACCACGUGGAGGCAUUGUGUGGGGCUGUUCUGGCCAGUGUUUCCUUCCUAUAAUCUGUGUGUGAGAUGAACUGAGGAAUCAUUGAAUCUUAACAGCUGACUUUACAAGUGAUUUUAUUCAAAGAAAGAAGUAUGAACUGAUAAACAAGAUUCAAUCUUGAUGUACUUCACACUGAUAUGAAGUCUUUCUUCCUUCCUUCCUCAUUGAAUCUCCUCCAUAUCUUUUUAUAUAGAAGUCUAUUUUGGAUUUGUAAAACUAGUAUUAUAAACACUUCUGAAGGAUGUGACUGGCUACAAGAUGUAAUGAAGUUUUCCAUUAUGUGUUGAAUUUUUGAAUUGCAUUGUCAUGUUUAUUUUCAAUAUAUUUUGAAAAACUAUAGCUCAUAAGAAAAUGAAAUAAAUCCAUUUGUUUUGAUGUUCAGCUGGUCUAAGAAGUAAGGAUGUAUUGAGGUCAAUAGAAACCAUUUAAAUGCCCAUCAUGAGUGGUAAUUUUGUGUCCAACCUUUGGGUACACCGCACAAAUGGUUCCUUGUAAGUUUCUAUAUGUGACUAUAUGUACUCUCACACUAAAUUAUGUCUGUCAUUUCGUAGCCAAGUAGACCCCUAUUUACUACCUAUACAUGUACCUGUCUAUGGCCACACAAACUUUGUUCCUCAGUAGAAGAACAAACCUCCUACACUACACCUGUGUUUGGUUCUAUAGGUAACUAUGCCUUUUGUUUGGUCAGUAGAAUGCUCUAUACACCCCCCCCCCCCCCCCCCCCCCCAAAUCUAUCUGAGGUUGUUCACUGUUACAGCUGUGAUAACAAUGAUGCCGUCCUGAUUUGUGUAUUGUCCUGAUUUGUAUAUUGCCCCCAGCCUGUACCUGAUUUGUGUAUUGCCCUCUGGUUUAGAUGACACAGAAUCUCAGAGCUCUGCUGAGUGAAAGGUGAACCCCUUAUCCAAUGGUAGAUGAUUUAAUUAUAUAUAUUUAUAUAUAUUAUGAAUAGUUCCAUUUUUUUCUCAUUUUGAUUUUUCAUUCGUUACAUAAUUGUACAUAUAUGUGAAUUAUCAUUGAUCUCCAUAGGAGUGCAUUUGCUAGUAGAACAUCAAAGACAUCUAAAACAAAAUGGCAACAUACAUCAUGUUAUAAUAUUAUACAUAUAUAUAAUUAUAUAUUCCGAUUUGCUUUCAUUAGUAUGUUUUGUCUUCCAAAUAAACUCCAUUUGAAGCAUUCCAUUCUAUUACCCAGGGUUUGUCUUUUGAAUAUGACAAAAGUAUUUAUCAAUAUUUUUGCAUCUACAAAAGAGAUGAUUUCAGAUGUGUAAAUUUUGCCGUUCACUAACUAAAGUUGCUUAUACUGACCAGUUGUCAUUAUACAAGACUUCCUUUAAACGGUACACUCAUUUUCUCAAUUAUUUAUUACAACAUUGUUUGGAUUUCUCUUACAAAGAGCAUGUUUAUAAUUUUGACUAAUGGCAAUGUUUUUGACUUGAUUGCAAUACUUCUUGCAUGUGCUUUCCAUUUGAAACUGGAUAUUUAUUGACUGAUGUGUAUAAAGGGCAGCAGUUUGUAUAUUGAUUCUUUAUUAUAAUCAUUGACCUCCAUCAUUCUGUAAAUAUCUCUAGUUAUAGAUAUAGUCCAUUUUGCAGUCUUCAUUAUUUAUUGAGAUAUUCAUUGUUUUGAUGAAGUAAUGAUCUGAUAUGAAUGUCCUAAAUCGUCAACAGUUCUAUUUAUAUUAAAGAAAUAAACAAGUC